AUGAAAAGUUUGUUUCUUAUUUGUUUUUCAUUUUCUCUGUUCAUCACUCAGUACAUUAGUAUUACAAGAGCGCAGCAAUACGAUAUGACGGGGGCUUUUGGUUUGAAUUAUGGAACAAAAGCAAACAAUCUUCCAACACCAGAUAAAGCGCUAAACCCUCUAGUGCACUACGUUUGGAGACUCCGUAUAUUCGCGCCGGAUAAUGGCGUCCUAGAUUAUCUUAACAGAAGUUACCCAACACAAGGUUAUACGUUCGCUGUAGCUAUGGGGACGCUCAAUGACGAUGUCCAAAAGAUAGCGGACGACCAAAACUAUGCAAAUUCAUGGGUACAAAACAACAUAGUCCCCUGGACAAACACAAUUUUUACCCAUAUUGUGCUUGGCAAUGAAGUAAUCCCUGGUCCAAUAGGUAAUUUUGUCGUUCAAGCCAUGAUAAACAUGGAGAAAGCUAUAAAGGAGUGUACUACACAGAAUAUACAAGUAACCACAGCGGUGGCUAUGAAUGUACUCGGAGUGUCCUAUCCACCUUCUGCAGGAGUGUUCACGGAGGAUGCCAUGGAGGUAAUGAGAGGCGUCGUAAAUUUCUUACAAAACCGCCCUCAGUACAAACUGUUAGUAAAUGUUUACCCUUAUUUCGCCUACGCUAAUAACCCUGCAGAAGUUAGGCUAGACUACGCAUUGUUCAACACUACUGAUAUUGUUGUUCAAGAUGGAGAUCUUCAAUACAGCAAUUUAUUUUACUCUAUGGUGGAUGCAAUGAUUUGGGCUGUAGAGAAAGCAGGAGGACCAGAUGUUCAGAUUUCGGUGAGUGAGACUGGUUGGCCCUCUGCUGGGAAUGGUGAUAUAGCGACUGUUGAACAUGCUCGGAUGUAUGUCAACAAUUUGAUUGCUACACUUAUGAAAUCGGGAACGCCGAAAAGACCACAAUACCCUAUGAAGACGUAUAUAUUUGCUAUGUAUAACGAAGAUCUAAAACCUGAAGGAGUUGAAAGAAAUUUUGGAAUUUAUCAACCGGACCUAUCAGAAGUAUAUCACGUAGACUGGCCUAAAUGGAAUGAGACAGUUAACUUGGGUAAUAUUGUAGAUUAAGUGAUAUUUGAAAGAACAAUGUAUUCUAUAUUAUACCGCAAACCACAAUGUAAUGUCUAGACAUAUCUUUGGUUAAAUAAAAAGCAAAAGUGUAUUCCGUGCA